CGAACAGCCAACGGAGUCGCCGUUGGCGAGCGCCUUAUGGCUGUGCCCGGCCCGCAUGACACCGACUUGGCGGCGUUCCAUGGCUUGCCUGUCUUUCACGUGCACAACCCUCUGGCCCAUGGAGUCUUUACAAAGGUGCGGACCCUUGCAGACGCCAUCAACGGCAAGGUGAUUUUGUACCAGUGGACCCUGGCCGAUGGUCAGGUGCGGACGGUAGCCGGAAAGAAGAUGCAACGACAACACGUGCUCCGGAAUCGAGGGCAAUGGGUCAUUGACCGCGAUGCGCAUCGGAAUCCUAGAGAUCCACGGGUGCCUCAUCCGGAGGAUUCGCUGACCGAAGUUGGCGUCCUUACCUACCUUAGGCAGCAGCCGGACCUACCUCUCUUCUUGUUGAGGAUGCACGAUGCCUUCUUCUUAGGUGCUCCUCCUCAAGGUGGCCCUGAGGAGGAUCUGUUGGUCACGGAGUUCGUCCAGGGCGGGGAGGUCUUCAACCACGUCAAGGCCGGCGCCCUGGCGCUGAACGAGGACGGGGUCCGGGAGCUGAUGUGGCAGCUGGUUCAUGCAGUUCGCUAUCUGCAUGCGCAUGGCAUAGCCCACCGGGACAUUUCCCUGGAGAAUGUUCUCAUCGACCGGCCUGAGCCGGGCUGCACAGCGCGGCUAAUGGACUUUGGCCAGGCGGUCCAGACGGUGUCUGCGGCUGCGGUCCCCUUGAGGUUCUUCAGAUCAAUUGGGAAGCCCUACUACCGGGGCCCGGAGUGCUACGUCCCCAGGCUCCCACAGGUGGAUGUCAUAGUUCCGGCCGACGCCGCGCCCAACGAUGUGGUUUUCACCGACAACAUCGGGGCGGAUGGGCAGCCGAACGGCUACCUGUGUGAGGUGCGACUGCCGGACGAUGCAGUGCCUGGCCAGCAGUGCUUAGCUGAAGUCUGGGGCUACGAGGCGCGGCCUUUGGACGUCUUCAGCCUGGGUGUGUGCCUCUUCAUCCUGAAUUGGCGCAUGCCGCCCUGGGGUCAGACGCUGCGGAUCGACCGCAGCUUCAACUACAUCCUGGCCAAUGGAAUAGCUCCAGUGCUCGCUCACUGGAAGAAAGAACCUAUGUCUGCUCAGGGCAUGGAUUUGCUCAACCAAAUGGUGGCUGCGAAUCCAGCUCGCCGGCUCAGUGCCGAAGAGUGCCUCCAGCACCCCUGGUUCCAGCUGUUCGACGGGCGGGCUGUGCCAACUCAUCCCUAGGCAGGGCGGUGCUCCCGGGGAAAGUGGCGCUCCGGGGGAAUGCUAACACGCAGGGCGAGAGCGAAAGCCCGCGACAUUUUUCGCGGCGGAAGUGAGUGUUGAAUUCGCACGCCACGAAAGCGUCGCCAAAGUGCAUGUACUUAGUUUCUAUGCAGAGUUCGGCUUCCGGUCGAAAUCCAAAAUGCAGCCGAAUUCCGCCAAAGCUCCGCGGAGAAAGAAAGGAGCUUCGGAGCCUAGUCCC